AUGGCUACAGGAGGAGGAGAAGACGCAACAGCACAGCAUAUUUUACGCAUUACAGACAUUGCCCAGGAGCCGCUUGAAUUUAUCACACCCAUUGGUGGCUACGAAGAAAUGCCACUUGUUCCACUUGACAUAGCUGUUGAACCGCUUGUUCCUAUUCUACCAGCUGUUCAAAGUCAUGCAUAUGUUGCCAAACAAAGGUGUGAGAAUCCUGCCGAUGGAUUGACACAAGAUGAAUCCGCCUCGAUUAUGCUAUACACGAUGAGCUGGAAGCCACUCGAUAAAUGCUUAUAUUGCGUUUUGAAUGAUACAUUGCGAUCACCAGAUCGACAACAAAAGCUUGAACCAUGGUAUUUAUUUCUGAGACUCUUCCUUAACGCACUCUAUCGUCUUCCAUCACUUCAUAAAACUGUAUACAGAGGUGUUAAAUUAGAUCUGAGCAAGCGCUACAUCAAAGGAGAAACAAUCGUCUGGUGGGGUUUCUCCUCUUGUACAACAGUUGUUAAUGUUUUGAAUUCGAACCAAUUUUUGGGAGCGAAAGGUGAUCGUACAAUGUUUACCUUACAGUGUCUAUCGGCUAAAGAUAUUCGUAAGCAUUCGUAUUAUCCAGCUGAAGACGAAGUACUUCUGAUGGCUGCUACUCAAUUCAAAGUAAUCGGUUGUCUUAAUCAAGGUGAUCUUCAUAUUAUUCAAUUGGAAGAGGCUCGUCCACCGUUUCCACUCAUGCAACCAGUACCAGUUAUUAUCUCCCCACCGAUCGAUCCAACUUCUUCAGGUAAGUGA